AUGAAGCGUGGAGAACGAAGAAUUGGCUGUGUUGUCUUGGAUCAGUUUGAUAACUUGGACAAGCAUACGCAGUGGGGCAUUGACUUCUUGGAGAAAUAUGCAAAAUUUGUAAAAGAAAGGAUAGAAAUUGAGCAAAACUAUGCAAAACAACUGAGAAAUCUGGUUAAGAAGUACUGUCCUAAACGUUCACCCAAAGAUGAGGAACCCAGGUUUACUUCAUGUAUUGCCUUUUUUAACAUCCUUAAUGAGUUGAAUGACUACGCAGGACAACGAGAAGUAGUUGCAGAAGAAAUGGGACACAGAGUGUAUGGAGAAUUGAUGAGAUACUCUCAUGAUCUAAAAACUGAGAGAAAAAUGCAUCUUCAGGAAGGGCGAAAGGCUCAACAGUAUCUGGACAUGUGCUGGAAACAGAUGGAUAAUAGCAAAAAGAAAUUUGAGAGAGAAUGCAGAGAGGCGGAGAAGGCACAGCAAAGCUACGAAAGACUGGACAACGACACUAAUGCAACAAAGGCAGAUGUUGAGAAGGCUAAGCAACAGUUAAACCUGCGCACACAUAUGGCUGAUGAAAACAAAAAUGAAUAUGCUGCACAACUACAGAAUUUUAAUGGGGAACAGCACAAACACUACUACAUUGUCAUUCCUCAGAUUUAUAAGCAACUUCAAGAAAUGGAUGAAAGAAGGACUAUCAAACUUAGUGAAUGUUACAAAGGCUUUGCUGACUCUGAGCGCAAGGUUAUUCCGAUUAUCUCUAAAUGUUUAGAAGGGAUGAUCCUUGCAGCAAAAUCAGUUGAUGAACAUAGAGACUCUCAACUAGUGAUAGACUGCUUCAAAUCUGGUUUUGAACCUCCUGGAGAUUUUCCAUUUGAAGAUUACAGUCAGAAUAUUUACAGAACUAUCUCUGAUGGAACCAUCAGUACACCAAAGCAGGAAGGAAUGAGAAUUGAUUCAAAAACUACAGUGGGCAAGGCUAAAGGAAAGCUGUGGCUAUUUGGAAAGAAGCCAAAGGGCCCUGCACUAGAAGACUUCAGCCAUCUCCCACCAGAACAAAGACGCAAGAAGCUGCAACAGAGGAUCGAUGAACUUAACAGAGAACUACAGAAGGAAACAGACCAAAAAGAUGCUCUCAUCAAGAUGAAGGAUGUUUAUGAGAAAAAUCCCCAGAUGGGUGAUCCAGGCAGUUUGCAACCAAAACUAACUGAGACUAUGAGCAACAUGGACCGUCUUCGGAUGGAAAUACACAAGAAUGAGGCCUGGCUCUCUGAAGUUGAAGGUAAAGUAGCGGCCAGAAGUGACAGGCGGCACAGCAGUGAUAUCAACCACCUUGUGACCCAGGGCAGAGAGAGCCCUGAGGGAAGUUACACAGAUGAUGCCAAUCAGGAGGUUCGAGGCCCACCACAGCAGCAUGCACAUCCCAGUGAGUUUGAUGAUGAGUUUGAAGACGAUGAUCCACUACCGGCUAUAGGACACUGCAAGGCAAUAUAUCCGUUUGAUGGUCAUAAUGAAGGCACUCUAGCAAUGAAAGAAGGGGAAAUUUUAUACAUUAUUGAGGAGGACAAAGGAGAUGGGUGGACAAGAGCUCGAAGACAUAACGGAGAGGAAGGCUAUGUGCCAACAUCGUAUAUAGAUGUAACGCUAGAGAAAAACAGCAAAGGUUCCUGAAGCGGGUUUCUGAGAAAAUGGGCGAGAUCUUGAAGGAGGUUACAUGCAGCUGCGGGGGGGGUGGGGGNGGGGGGGUGCUAGACUGGGAGGCCCAAGGGGAAAAGCUAGUUGCAUGGAUGCAUGCAGACAUACAUUUAGUCACUAACACCUUAGCAUCUUCCAUACAUAGGUAAGGACAUACUACAAAUUCUUCAAUUUGUGCAGGAAAAUAGACUUCCAUUACCAGAGUAAAAAGGCUACUGCUCCUAAAAUUGCUUUAUUUUCAUUGUCCUAGAUUGUCCCACAUGCACAAACUAUAUUUGAGCUUGUGCUGGUUUGGUUCUCUCAAUUUUGUUCUUUUCCAUCUCAUUUUAAUUGGCGGUCAUUUAGAGCCAUUGUCAGUUAUCAGCCUGCCUGUGCCACCUCCAUGCUCGCCAUUAACCUCCUCCUGCAUGCCUCGGACAGUCAGGCAUGUCUACAUAACACUUUGCCAUCAUUGCUUGUCUUAUUUUGUAACAAAUCAUUUUCUUUAAACACCUUCAGCACUAGAGUUUCAUCCCAGUAUCCAUGUAUGCUGCUAUAACUAUACCACUGCAACCAUCAUUACAUUCCAGUUUUUUGGCAUAACUAAGAGACCAUAAUGUAUUUGUGUUGAUUUGGGGAAGUCAUACAUCUCAGCUCUAGCCUCCAAUGCAAUCAAGAGAGACUCCUAAAACUGUGGUCCACCUUCAGCACUUCAGUAACCUGUUGUGAGCACUGAAAACCUGGAACACCACCAGAGAGAUUCACCACUGCAAGCUAAUGACUGUUGUCAGAGGUCAACCACUUGCCAUUCAAAUGCUGCCUUAAACUAGAGUGCCUAAAUCUGUUGUUUGCCAACACUACCACUUACAGUAUCCCACAAAGGGCUUUGUGUCUCAGCUCUUUCCACAGUGCUGCAGUUGCUGAGGUAGCCACGGUAGGUGUUUUCUAGAGCUCUACUUUACUGGAUACAUGGUGCAUCAUGAAUUUUAUACAUUGAAACGUGUAUCUCUUCAUUUGACUUUAGUAUUUUUUUAGAAUAUUUUUAUGGAAACUGUCUUUUAGUUUUUCACUAUGAAGUUCCAAUUUUAAUUACUGCAGUGCUAGUCCAUUUCCAGGUGAUGCUUCAUUGUAUGGACCGAUUGAAAUUUGAGUGAUACUUCGUAAUGAUCUAUGUGCACUUUUACUUGUAAACAAUUGAAAUUUGGAUAUGUUUAUAUGUGUAAAUAUAGUUGUCUGCAGUGCCCCUAUUG